CUGGAUGGAUGUCUGGGCAGCGGCUUGCUUGGCACAAGCCCUGCCCAGAGCGCCCGGACCUGGGCGGGGAGGAGGCAGGGCUCCCCGGCAGCCCGGAAGGAAGGGAGACGUGUCCUUGUCCCGUGAUAGCAGCCUACGGUCCCUGCCGCAGGCAACCCGCCGCUGCCUCUGCCGCCCCGCACAGCCCCGCGAGGCCGAGGAUGGCCUCGGACGCCCCCGCCAGCCUCCCAGUCCAGCUGGCGGAGCAGCCCAGAUUGCUGAAGCUGAAGAAGAUAUUUAUUUCCAAAUUUGGAUCGGCUCCCAAGUUUUAUGCUCGUGCACCAGGGCGAGUCAACUUAAUAGGAGAACAUAUAGACUACUGUGGAUAUGCUGUGCUCCCUAUGGCUAUAGAGCAAGACAUACUUAUAGCUGUUGAACCUGUAAACACUCAAGUUGUCCAACUAGCCAAUACAAACCCUUUGUACUCGGACUUCAGUACUAGUGUGAAGAACAUUCACAUUAACAAAACCAAACCUGUGUGGCACAACUACUUCCUAUGUGGAUUGAAAGGAGUUCAGGAACAUUUCGGUCUUAAUAGCUUAACUGGAAUGAAUUGUCUGUUAGAUGGAACCAUCCCACCGAGUUCUGGUCUGUCUAGUUCCAGUGCCUUGGUAUGCUGUGCAGGACUUGUGAUGCUUACAGCGAAUGGAAAGACCCUUUCAAAGGUGGAACUUGCAGAAAUUUGCACCAAGAGCGAACGGUACAUUGGCACGGAGGGAGGAGGCAUGGACCAGUCCAUAUCAUUCCUUGCAGAAGAAGGAACUGCCAAGCUGAUAGAGUUCAGUCCUCUGAGGGCAACUGAUGUGAGACUUCCAAGUGGAGCAGCUUUUGUUAUUGCUAACAGUUGUGUCGAAAUGAAUAAAGCAGCAACUUCUCAUUACAAUAUUAGGGUGAUGGAGUGUCGUCUGGCUACAAAGCUUCUCUCAAAGUCAAAAGGCCUAGAAUGGAAAAAAAUGCUGAAGCUCCAAGAUGUGCAGGCCAAGCUAGGAGUUAGCCUGAAGGAAAUGCUGACCAUUGUCGAGGAGGUAUUUCACCCUGAGCCUUACAGCGCAGAGGAAAUUUGUACAUGCCUGGGAAUUAGCCUUGAGGAGCUCCGCACUCAGAUCCUCAGUCAAAACACGCAAGAUGUUACCACCUUUAAACUGUACCAGCGAGCUAUGCAUGUGUACAGCGAAGCUGGCAGAGUGCUGGAAUUUAAGAAGAUAUGCAGCAAGGCACCUGCUAGUGCAAUCCAGCUGCUGGGAGAAUUAAUGAACCAGAGUCAUAUCAGCUGCAGAGACAUGUAUGAAUGCAGCUGCCCUGAACUGGAUCAGCUGGUGGACAUCUGCAUGCAGUCUGGGGCCAUCGGGUCACGCUUGACUGGAGCAGGAUGGGGCGGCUGCACUGUGUCAAUGGUGCCUUCUGACAAGCUGAGUACCUUCCUAACAAAUGUGAAAGAAGCUUAUUACAAGCGCAAUGACCAAAGGUUAGCUCUGGAGAAGAAUAGUCUGUUUGCUACCAAACCUGGAGGUGGAGCUUUGGUUUUUCUUGAGGCCUAAAGAAUGUAAAAGUUUCAAAGAAACUAUGUAGGGCAUUUGGGAACUGGCAGGACUUCCUAUGCCACAGUAAAUUAAUCCCUUUUCUGUUUUGUAUUAUAAUGAGCAGUUGCUAUUAUCAAGAUACAUUUCUGAAGAAACAAUUAGAAGAGAUUUCUUAGGCUUUAUAAUGCAUUUUUCCAUACUAAAAAUAUCCUUCCAACGAAAAGCAGCCUAAAUACUUAUUUCUUUCUGGAUUAUGCAAUGUAAAGGUGAUUUACUAAAAUGUAUUCUUUUGAAAAAUGGAACAAAGCAGAUAGUUCAAAUAAAGAAGAAUACUUUUCUUAA